UGUAAACUGUUAAAAUUUUAGGGAAAUGUUGUGCAACAACACUAAUUUUUAUGCAAAAGUUUUAAUUACAUAAUUAUGUAAUGACUUGAAACUUAAUGUAACUUGACAUUAACAUUCAAUCGUGUGAUAAAAAAAAAUUAUAUGAUGAAUGUAAAUGCUAAAUUACUUAAUAUUUAGAUAACGCGCGUGCACUAUUCUACUAUUAUUGGGUAAAGAUAAAUAAACCCUACAAUUUUAUUUUUUAAUCCACAAAAUAAUCCUAAUGGCAUAGGCUCAUUCUGUUUCAUUAUUAUUCACGAAGACCUAUGACAUCCUUUUACAUGGGGGAGGAGAUGAUGGCUGGUGGCAACAAAUUCCCCCGAUCUUUGUCAUUCUUCUCCUUGUCAUUUUUCUCACUAAAGAGAGUCGACCAGUGCAUGCAAUCGGAAUCAACCCCCCUUUGUCAAUAAAUGAGCAAAAGUAUUGGUUCUUUGCUCCUGAUCCAUCUCUUAUUAUUCUUCUUGUCAAAAUCAAUCGCCAACUGUGGUUGCUUGCUUCUUCCAGUUGCUCUCUUCUUCUAAUUGCUUACCCUGUUAGUUUGAAUACCCAAUUCCAUCGGCAGUAAAAACAGAGUACCCAAAAGUUUGUUACUUAUCCACGACUGCUAUGGAUUUUGGCCUUUUGGGAUUAGGAAGGAAGAGGCAAUGAAGAGUGGGUGACGUUUGGGGGAGGGACGGUGAAGCCUCUGAAUCCAUAAACAGCAGUCAAUCAAUUGAACAUGCAAUCCGCUGGAGAAGUACAUGGGACGACAAUCUGUCGAGUAGGAAAUUGACCGGGAUGAGGUCGAGGAAUCGAUUCGAAUGGAUGACGUCCAAGGGUUCCUUGACUUGCCCUUCUCUCCACCUCCUCUCGUAUUCUAUGGGAACGCACGAUAGACUACCAAACAUGGCCAAUUAUGUGGGGAACGAUAGAGCGGCGGUGACGCUAUCAUCGGCGGCUAGGCCGGUUCACAUCGUGAGAUCCCUAGAUCUGAUUGCCGAUUAGAGCUGUUCUGGGAGAGGGGGAACUCGAUCCAUCACCAACCAUACCUUCGUCUAGGCCGAAUAUCGGAGAGAAGCGGAAGGAAAGAUCUGGCGAUGUCCAGGCCGGAGAGAAGCAGAGGUAAAGAGAGGAAUUAAUGGCGGCCGCUUGCCUAGCCGCCAAUUGGUCGACAGGGGAAAUCUCCGGAGUAGGUAAGACCGUAAGAGUAACAAAAACAUGGGUUGGGAAAAAUAUCCCCUGAAUAUCGAGAUUGAUGGUACGUGGAGGCUUACGAUGUACCUGCGGAAUAGGUAUAAAUGGGCUAUGAAUCGACGGUUCAGGGAUGGCGAUUCGCGUGGCCUGCAGAAACUUGCGGUGGACGCGCAAACUUCCCACUGGACCCCUAAUGCAAUUAGGCGCUAUUUAUUUUUUAAUUUUUUGGUAAUUUGAAUUUAUUUCUUUGCUAUCAUUUUGCUCCGGAUUAGACCAUAUUGCUGCCUAUGCGAAAGAGAUGAGAUAGCAUGCCUAUCCAUAAAAGGGUUGGAAAAAUGACACCCCUAUGAAUUAAAAACACAUAUUAAUUACUUUCCUUUUUCAGUGCACCGGUAGUUGUAUCAGUGCAAUGGUAUUAGUGUACAGGUGCAAUGGUAGAUGUAUCAGUGCAAUGAUAGUUCCAAAAAAGUAACGUGAUUAAUAUGAGUUCAGUAUACAGGUGCAAUGAUAGUUAAAAAAAAAUGAAUGCAAUUAAGAUGA